AUGGAUUUACUAUUCAAAGAUAUAAUUACUUCAACAAAAGCUACAAAGACUUCAGUAGAUAAUUUGAUUAGUUAUUUGCAAGAAGAUAAACCUGAUUUAGUCAAUAAAUUAAUACAAAAAGGUCAUUCGUUAGAAGGUGUUUCAUUAUUAAAUUUGAAAAAUGAUACUUUAUUAAGUUAUAUAAAUGAUUUAAUUUUAAUUACAUUAUCAAAACUUGAAAGUUUAACUGAUAAAAAUGAUAAUAUAGAUGUUAUAAAACAAUCUAUUAGGUCAAGAGUUACUUUAGAAAAAGGUAUUAAACCUUUGGAAAAGAAAAUUUUAUAUCAAUUAGAUAAAAUGGUACGAAGUUACAAUAAAAUGGAUGAAGAAACAAAAGAUGAAAAUCUUAAACAAGUUAAAUCUGAAUCAGAACCAGAUUCUGAUUCCGAAGAUGAAUUAGCUUAUAAACCAGAUGCUUCAGCUUUAACAACUAUUAAAUCAACCGAUAAUAAAUAUAAACCUCCGAAAAUUUCAGCAAUUGCACCACCUACAACAAAUACAGAUGAAAAACCAACUAAAAAACUACAAAGUAUGGAGGAAUAUCUACAAGAACAAAGUGAUAUGCCAGUUAUGGAAGCUUCAAUUGGUUCAACUAUAGUUGAUCAUGGUAAAGGAGGGGUUAAAACUGCUCAUGAUAAAAGAAAAGAAGAUGAAAUACAAAGAUACGAAGAAGAUAAUUUCAUUAGAUUACCUUCAAAUCAAACAAAAAAAUCAUUUAAACAAAAGCAAAGAGAUUUAGCUAAUCAAUUUGCUGGUGAAGAUUGGUCAAUGUUUAAUUCAAAAGAUAAUUCAAAAGAUAAUUCAAAAGAUAAUUCAAAAGCAACAUCUAGAAAAAGAAAACCUACAUCUGAUUGGGAUAGAGCCAAAAGAAAACGUAUAUAA